AUGAACGACUACGUUGAUUUAUUUUUUCAAACCAUUAUCACAUUAGUUAUUUCCUUCUUACUUGGUAUGGUUUUAAUUAAAUACUAUUUCAACAACAAAUAUGGCAACAACAACUUCAACAAUGGCAACAACUACAACAAUGGAAAUGGCAAUUAUCAAUCAAAUGCAUCACAAUAUUCUUGUCCACCACACUCUGAUGAAUAUUUAGCCCAACAAAGAGUUCAAGAACAGGCACAAAAAAAACAUCAAGCAAUUGAAGAAUUGCUAAAUCUAAGAAGACAAGAAUUGCAACAACAAAACCAUUUUAAUUUUGAAAUCAAUAAUAAUAAUAAUAAUUAA